AUGUCCAAAUCGAACGUGCCGCUAAUUUUAAAAUACAAAAGAGAUUUUCCACCAGAUGAUUAUUCACUGAAGGUAGACUCAUACACUUUGCUUUUGGAAUCAAAGACAGAAAAAUAUGAUACCAAUGUCUUUGAAGUUGGAGGGCAUAAAUGGAGAAUAUCCUUUUACCCAAAUGGAGACAAGAAGAAUAAUGGGAAUGGCUACAUCUCCCUUUACUUGAGAAUUGUUGAGACAGACACUUAUGCUUCUGAUGGUAAUGGAGCUAUCAGGCGUUUUCAUGCAAUGAAGAAAGAAUGGGGAAUUGCACGAUUGCUUCCACUUGAAACGUUUAAAAACCCUUCUUUAGGAUAUCUGGUUAAUGACUCAUGUGUAUUUGGGGUAGAGGCUUUUGUUAUUAACUACACUGGAAAUUGGGAAUCUAUAUCCGUGGUUAGGGAGCCAAAAAAUGGCACUUUUACUUGGAAAAUCGAGAACUUCUCCAACUUAGAUCAACCUUGCUAUUACUCUCAAGCGUUUAAUGUUGAAGGAGUAAAUUGGAAGCUAUUGGUUUACCCAAAUGGCAACGGUAGAGCAAAGAACAAAUCAAUCUCAAUUUUCUUAUCAUUGGCAGAUUGGGGAAGUUGUCAAAUGCAGGAAGCAGUCUAUGCAGAAUUCAAAUUGCGAUUAUUGGACCAAGUCAAUGGUAAACAUGUUGAACGCAAUGUUGAUGAGUCCUACUGCUUCAAGGGCAAUGUAGUUGGCUACGGCUUAGGUUAUCCAAGUUUUAUGUCAUUGAGUGAUCUCCGUGAUGCUUCUAAAGGGUUCAUUGUGAAGGAUACUCUGAUUGUCGAAGUUGACUUGCGUUUUAUUUCCGUGUCUAAUGUUUCAAGCAAAAAGGAAAAAGUAAAUUAA